AUGAAGACGACGUGGAAGGAUAUUGCGCCUGUGCCUACCAGCCAGGAAUUCCUGGACAUUGUCCUGAGUCGCACUCAGAGACAGCUGCCCACCCAGAUUCGCGCUGGAUUCAAGAUCAGCCGUAUUCGAGGUUUCUACACUCGUAAGGUCAAGUACACCCAAGAGACUUUCUGCGAGAAAUUCCAGGCCAUUCUUGAUGGAUUCCCUCGUCUGCAGGACAUCCAUCCUUUCCACAAGGAUCUGAUGAACACACUCUACGAUGCCGACCACUUCCGCAUUGCUCUUGGUCAGGUCUCAACCGCCAAGCACUUGAUCGAGAGUGUUUCCCGCGAUUAUGUCCGCUUGAUUAAAUAUGCGCAAUCUUUGUUCCAGUGCAAGCAGCUGAAGCGCGCUGCGCUCGGUCGCAUGGCCACCAUCUGCCGCCGUCUGAAAGAUCCCCUGGUCUACCUGGAGCAGGUCCGCCAGCAUUUAGGUCGUCUCCCCUCGAUUGACCCCAACACCCGUACCCUCCUUAUCUGCGGUUACCCCAAUGUCGGCAAGUCCAGCUUCCUGCGCAGCAUCACUCGCGCCGAUGUCGAUGUCCAGCCCUAUGCUUUCACCACCAAGUCAUUGUUCGUUGGCCACUUCGACUACAAAUAUCUGCGCUUCCAGGCCAUCGAUACCCCUGGUAUUCUUGACCACCCACUUGAGGAGAUGAACACCAUUGAGAUGCAAUCUAUCACAGCCGUUGCCCAUUUGCGCUCAGCCAUUCUCUACUUCAUGGAUUUGUCCGAGCAGUGCGGUUACUCCGUCACAGACCAGAUCAAGCUCUUCCACAGCAUUAAGCCUCUGUUUGCCAACAAGAUUGUCUACAUCGUUGUCAACAAGAUCGAUGUUCGCCGCCCAGAAGACUUGGAUCCGGAGCAACAAGUCGAGUUGCAGGAGAUUCUGAAGUCCGGAGAUGUGGAGAUGCUUCAGGUUUCUUGCACUACCACCGAGGGUGUCACUGCAGUCAAAAAUGCCGCGUGUGACAAGCUCCUCGCCGAGCGUGUGUCUCAGAAGCUGAAGUCUGGUUCCAACAGUGCCGGUACCCCCGGUGGUCGUCUUGGCGAUGUUUUGGCCCGUAUCCAUGUGGCCCAACCUAUGGGUGGUGUUACGCGCGAAACCUUCAUCCCCGAGGCCGUCAAGAACCUCCAGAAGUACGACAAAAGCGACCCCAACCGCCGGAAGCUCGAGCGCGACCUGGAGGAGGAGAACGGUGGUGCUGGUGUCUACAGCUUCGAUAUGCAGCGUGACUACACUCUUGCCAACUCUGAGUGGAACCACGACAAGAUUCCCGAGGUGUGGAACGGAAAGAACAUUUACGACUUUGUGGACCCCGACAUCGAGAAGAAGCUGGCUGCUCUCGAAGAGGAGGAGGAGAAGCUGGAGGCCGACGGCUACUACGAGUCGGACGAGAGCGUGGAGGAUGCCGAGGAUGCCGACACCCGCAUGAAGGCGGACCUGAUCCGCGAGAAGCGUACUCUGAUGCGCAACGAUGCCAAGAUGCGCAAGUCGCUGAAAAACCGUGCCCAAAUUCCUCGUUCUGCCAAGGCCAAGAAGCUCUCCGAGAUGGAGCGUGGCCUCGACUCUGCUGGCUACGAUGUCGACGCCGCUGGCUCCCGUGCUCGCUCCCAGAGCCAAGCCCGUGGUCGUACUCUCACCCGUAGCGAGCCUGAAGAUGAUGCUAUGGAUCUGGAUGACCCCCACAAGGCUCUUGCCCGUGCCAAGAGCCGUGCCCGUAGCCAAGCCGCUACUGAUCGUCGUAAUGACGGUGUCGUUGAUGAGACGGCUCGCUCCAAGGCCGACCGUCUGUUCAAGCUGGGCCAGAAGAAGAUGAACCGUAUGGCCCGACAGGGUGAGGCUGAUCGUCACACCACUGUCUCGCUGGCCAAGCAUUUGGUCGCCGGUAAGCGUGGUAUUGGCAAGAACCAGCGUCGUUAA